AUGUCUUCAUCACGGCCACGAAGCGGUGUGGAAGCGCGUAUCUACCAACCGUCGAAUGAGAACGAAAUGCUAGAAUUGGACGAACUGAUAGCUAGCGACCAAGAAGAGCAAUACAUCGAACGUCGCAUGUCAUACGGGUGGCGACCAAAGUACCUUCGCCGACGGGUUGUUAUAAUGUUUAACAUCAUUUUUAUAGCACUUAUUGUUAUACUAGAGGUGCUCAGUGGACUAUCCAUUCAGAAUGACGGAUUCAUAUUCGCAGGCGUAGAUGUCUUCAAUAUGUGUCGAUUAAUUAUCCCAGCAGCGCUCACCCUAAUCCUCUCAUUUUGGAUCAGAUUCGAAUACCAAGCUUGCCGAUUCUUGCCUUGGAUGAUCCUCGCUUAUAAGCCCGAGGGCUUGAAAUCCAUUUACACCAAGCGCAACGAUGCCACUCGAACAAUAGCUCUUGAUUACACUAGCGUAUGGACACCAAACGCCAUGAUCACGGCAGCUAAGAAUAAGCAUUUCCUUGUUCUAUCUGCCUUGAUCGUAUCAAUGCUUUUAAGGAUCCAAAUUCUACUCUCCGCUUCUCUUUUCUACGUCCAUUUGGUUAACAAACCGGAAAGCGUUGAAGUUGGUCUCCAAGACAAAUUUGUAGAUCAGGUAGAUACUCCGCUCCCUUCCAUGGGCUACACACCAUAUGUAUUAGAACAGGGAAACUGGACUACGCCGGUAGACUAUCCACGAUACUCUAUUCCGGGUGUGGCUCUUCAGCAUUUUGACGAUACGGUUUUGGCUGGAGUAGAAAACGGCACAUCUUUAACGUUUACAGCCGAUGGAGUUGCUGUCAUGCUAUCAUGCGAACAUCCCCCGGUAUCAAUAACACGUGUGGGAAAUAAGACAACAAACUUCACCAUAUCACCUCUUCAUGAUAUUCCUUCCAGGACAUUCGAGAUUAGCAAUUUCUACCUCGAACAGUUACCAUCAGAUGGGCCCUACGUGUAUUAUUAUUGGGAAGACACGAGCUACGAUAACAGCUCAUCGGAUCCUUUCUUCAUGUCUAUUAUUAUCAGUAAUGACAGCGAUGUGGACUUCCGCACAACAGCUUUUUCAUGCACUCUUAGCGUGCAGGUUCGUCUCUAUGAUGUGACGGUGGAAGAUGCAAAGCUAUCAGUAGCGCAGCACUCCGAACCCUCGUUCGUUAGAUCAAUUCGCGCGGGGCUUCUUGUUUAUAUGUGGAGGAGCUAUCCGAAUCCUAUGGCGGAGUACGCCCUGGAAGACUGGAUCCGAAAUGGUAGCUGCGGAAGCCUUGUCCCUGGCAACAUUAUGGAGUCUUAUGCUCGCAUUUCAUUAUUCGAAUCUGAUCUUAUUCCAUUUCAAGUUGGAAGUAAACUACUGAGAAAUGGUAGCUUUAAUGCACCCGAGCUUAUGAACCCAUCUACACUGGAGGAUGUCAUGAGACUUUAUCAUUCGAUCUAUGGUUCACUAGUAGCUCAUUACGAAUUGCGAGAACCGUUCAAAAACUCCACGAGGGGAUCAGUCGCUCGAGAUAUCAGUCGUCUAGGUGUCCAGCCGUAUAUAAGUCAGAUAAUGGUCGGUUUAUUUGCCCUGGCAAUAGUACUGACUUUUCCGUUACUAUGGCAGGUAUCUCCGAAAGAUGGGUUUGUCCCUUUCAAGCCGGAUAACAUUGCUGGCAUGGCGAUUCUACUCUGCAGGUCAUACGAACUGAUUGCAGCUCUAAAUAACUCUGGGCAUCAACCGAUCAAAGCACUUCAAGAACGAACUCGGGGGGUGUAUUAUACCACUCUCAUUCAUCAUUCUUCUACGCCUCUUUAUCCCUCAUUUUGCGUCCAAAACCUAUUACCAGAAGGUAGAACGCAUAUGGAAUUACCUUCUCGAGAGCCUCGAGACAUUGAGUGGUAUCAACCUUGGACUUUGAACCCGGUCGCUAGGGCUAUGAGCUUAUUUAUAACCAUUGGCUUUCUGGCUGCACUGAUCGCCCUGGUGCGGUAUUCUCUCCGCUCUGAAGGUUUGGGCAGCGCCCCUGGAGAUUCAUCUUCCCACUACUUGUGGACAUCUCUUCCAUCUCUAUUAUUUAUCAGCCUAUCUACCUAUCUGGGAAGUUGUGACUUCGAACUGAGAUCUCUUGCGCCAUUUGUUCUGCUUUCUUCUGGGCCGGCCAUUUAUAGGGAAAUGUUAACGACGUCCUUCGUAGAUCAAACCACUGUACGGACGCUCGUUAGGUCUUUAAAGAAGGGCCAUAUCGUGAUUAUUCUCUCCACAUCCAUUACACUUAUUUGCAGUCUCUUAUCUAUCUUCACAGCAACCCUAUUUACUGUUGAAAUGCGCAGCAUGAACACGACUAUCUCCUUACAACAGGCUGAAUGGCUUACGUCAAAGACGUUUUCAAUCCGGAAUAGCAUAAAGGCAGAUAUGAUUCUUAAUGCCAACCUAUCCUAUCCACAAUGGACUUUUGAAGAUCUGGUCAUCCCAAAGUACCAACUAGGAAACCUGACAACGGCAAACGAUACGCAACAGGAUUCAACUAUAACUAGCCAACUCCGAGCUACCAGGGCAGUUCUAAACUGCAACCACUCAACGUCAACAGGCGAUAUUUCGUUUGAUAUUUAUGGAAACAAGACAACCUGUAACCUGACUAAACCUCUAAAGUACCCGGUAAACACCACCGAACCUUUCGGUCUGGAUCCGCUCGGUGUUCGGUGGCUAUGCAAUGUGGACGAUUCCGCCGAGAGAUGGCCCCCUUAUAUGUAUCUAUGGGGAAAAGGUCAAGCUAACCAGGAAGGAUUGGCAACUUGGGGAAACGAUUCUUUCGCCACAGUGCUGAUGUGUGACGAAUCCUUUGAAGAAGUUGAGGUUGAUGCUACAUUAUUUGGCCCAAACCUUGAGAUGCGAGAAUCUCACCCACCAGUUCCUGUAAGGCUACCUGGCAAUCCAAUUGCCCUAAUUUUUAUCGAACCAGUUGUCGAUUAUUCGCCUGGAUAUGACAUAGCUGAUCCAUACCUCAACCUUGUCGACGGCCGAGGUCAGUACAAUUCUAUCUUUGGCACUUUGACAACCGAUCGCUAUGCCAUUCCGAAUGAAUGGUUAGGUGAUACCUCCAAGAAUGAGGAAGUUAUAGCUGCAAUUAAGAAGUUACACGGAAUAUUUCGAGCGCAAAUGAUCCGCGACACUCCAGAAGCGUGGCAAUUCUUAAACGAUACGUCUACCAGCGCAUCCAUAGUCACGCAAGACAAGUUACCCAUCCCACCUGUCGACGCGCAGAUCUGGCAGACCGUUCCUCGCAUCAUACAAGACGAGACAUCUACUUACGUUCUAGUAGGUCUCCUAGCGGCUAUAUUCACCCUUAAUGCUAUGCUCGUAUGGUUAUCAGAAAGACACGGCUACCGGCGUGCUGUGCCCAAACCACCGGGUACUAUUGUUGCCGUGGCGAGCCUGUUCGCGAACUCGAGAAUUUUCAGCCUCUUGCCGCCAAACGCGCAAUGGUCGACACAUGAAAAGUUAGAAAAGCACUUUGAGGGGAAAUUGUUUCAGAUGGGCUGGUUCUCUAGCGACACGCCAGAAGAGGGGCAGGUAUUUACUAUUGGUGUUCUUGAUGGUUGAACUUUGACUUGAUAUAGC